GAGAGAGAGAGAGAAUUUUACAAGAGCAGGAAAAGGGAGGAGCGCAGACAGGAGACUCUCUGGCUUGUCUGUCUGUUGGGCACCUGGGACACUGUCAUUGUGCUUCUCGGUAUAGUAUUUUUUUCUCUCCUUCUCUGAACCAGCCGACCGGUCGGGAGUCUUUUUUUCCCCCCUCUCGGUGCCGUAUCAAUUAGGAACUGGGAUUGUUUCUGUGUAAUCUGCUCUGCUCUGGCUGAACCGUUACAGACUGCGAUUGUUCCUGCCCGCCUCUCGGCGUUCCGAUUCGGACCCUCCCCAAAGUGCAUCUGUUAGUGCGCCGCUGAGGAUAUAUCCUGUGUCCAACAGUACAACAUAGAGCAGCUGGGAUAUCAGACUAUAGAGGCGCGCGAGAGAGAGAGAGCAGCCGAGUGAGCAACAGAGAGAGGCAGAUACAGAGAGUGCGAGAGAGAUUGAAGCCGAGCAGCGAGGUAAGCUAUAGCGAGACGGCGUAGAUAGAAAAGUGAUCUUCAUAUCCUCCUCCCAUUUUUCCUUGUUUGUCUUUUUUUCUCCUCUACUACACUCUCCUGUGCCAGCAAUUUGUUCGCAGGACUGCCUGGAACCACUGCCACCUGCUCAUCUUCCUCCUCCUCUUCCUCCUCCACCUCUCUUCUCACGCGUUACUAUCCGACAGCCAGUGAGGGAAAGACAGGAGACGCAGACAGGAGACGCAUACAGGGCACGCAGCAGCGUCCGUUUUUUUUUUCAAAACUCUUGUGGGGAAUAUUUUUGAGGAACCCGAAUGAGCAUCCGCCGAGCUCUACUCCAGGAGAUUUAAGUGAAAGGCGUCGUCGGGCAGGAACUACCCCCACAGAGGCGACCCCUCUCCCAGCCACUCUCCGUCAGACGAACCCUGCUUGCUCUCCGGAGGACCAGCAGUGAUUCAACACACCAGUGUGGACGAGGGGAAAACAAGGGACCUACAGUCAGAGAGCCGAGCCCCAGUACUAUUACCGCUCGUCCGACCGCCUCCAACCAUUCCCUGCCACGGCGCUAAGGAUUCCAGCUAUAUGGGCAAGCGAUUGGAACAGCAACCAAUGUACCCUCAGUACACAUACUACUACCCCCACUACCUCCAGACCAAGCAGCCCUAUGCUCCACCCCCUCACCCCAUGGCUCCGCCCAGCCCCAGCCAUAACAGCUGCAGUCAUGGCGGAUCCGAGCAGCUGAGUAAAACUAACCUGUAUAUCCGAGGCCUGCCCCCGGGGACCACGGACCAGGAUCUCAUCAAGCUCUGCCAACCAUAUGGGAAAAUAGUGUCAACCAAGGCCAUCCUGGACAAGAACACCAACCAGUGCAAAGGAUAUGGCUUUGUGGACUUUGAUAGCCCGGCUGCAGCACAGAAGGCGGUGUCGUCUCUCAAAGCCACCGGGGUGCAGGCUCAAAUGGCCAAGCAACAGGAGCAGGACCCCACCAACCUGUACAUCUCCAACCUGCCGGUGUCCAUGGAUGAGCAGGAGCUGGAGAACAUGCUGAAGCCCUUCGGUCACGUCAUCUCCACGCGGAUACUGCGGGACGCCAACGGGGUCAGCAGAGGGGUCGGCUUCGCCAGGAUGGAGUCCACGGAGAAAUGUGAAGUGGUGAUACAGCAUUUCAAUGGGAAAUACCUGAAAACCCCACCAGGCAUUCCAGCCCCCAACGAGCCUUUGCUGUGCAAAUUCGCAGACGGAGGGCAGAAGAAACGCCAGAGCCAGAGCAAGUACCCACAGAACGGGCGGCCGUGGCACAGGGAAGGCGAGACUGGUAUGCAGUUAACAUAUGAUCCUGCUGCUAUGCAGAAUGGGUUCUACACCUCGCCUUACAGUAUCGCCACCAACCGCAUGAUCGCACAGACGUCCAUCACGCCCUUCAUCGCUGCUUCCCCCGUCUCCACAUAUCAGGUCCAGAGUACGUCAUGGAUGCCUCAUCAACAAUACGUUAUGCAACCUACAGGUGCAGUGAUCACCCCAGCCAUGGACCACACCAUGUCCAUGCAGCCUGCCAACAUGAUGGGCCCGCUCUCCCAGCAGAUGAACCAUCUGUCCCUGGGCACUACAGGAAGUUACAUGACUGCUGCGGCUGCCGGGGCGCCUAUGCAAGGGACCUACAUUCCUCAGUACACUCCUGUGCCUCAGACAGCCGUCCCCGUUGAAGGAGUGGUCACGGAUGCUUCUCCUCAGUCGGUGGCCCCCUCAUCGCAGGAUGUGAGUGUGCAGCAGCAGCAGAUCCAGGUGGAUGGCUCCAGUGACCUUGUUACUGCUUACUCAUACCAGUCCAAAUAGCGACCGGCGCAGAGAAUAUUCCUGUGACAGCGUUGCCUUGAAACAGAGGGGUUGGCUGCACUGAGAAUGCGGAGAGAAGAGGGAUUGCUUCCAGAUUGCCCAGGCACCAAAAAAUAGACACUUUUUUUCCAUUUCAUACCUGGAAGAGAGGAGGGGUGGGGGUGGAGUCGCUGGGCACAGUGCAAAGUGGUGAAAAUGUUUAGUCUGAGAACAUGCCUGGUGGACUGGGCUUGAGCUUGAGUUGUUUCUUCAAGAAAUUUCUCAACUGAAAAAAAAGUACAAAAAAAUACAAAAACGAAUUGAAAUGUUGAACGCGCAGGUAGGUGAUGAGGUUUAUUUUGUAAUUAGAAAAAGGGGAGUCAAAGUUUGAGAUACACAGAGAUUGUCUUCCUCAGAUAUUAAGCUACGAUUUCUUUUCACUCUUUUUUUUGGGAUUUCUCGUGUAAAAUUUUAGUUUUCUAGAUAUAUUCAAAACAACUGCUUUUCUUUCUUGAAUCUUCAUGGCCUUAAUUUUAAGGGUGUCAGAGGACUUUUUACAGAGAGUUAAGUCUGGCGUCUCGUUGAAAAUAAAAAGCAAACUAAAUCAGUCUCUUGGACCACUGUGAUGGUACAAGACACUGCCGGAGUUGAGCUAGAGACAUAAAAAAAGAAGAAGAUCUAUCACAUAAACUGUACAGAUUUAAUAGAGAAGAGUUUUUUUCUUUUCUUCAUUAGAAGAAAACUUUGAUAAAUAAUUAUGUCAGAGGUAACUGAGUGUUAGAGAAAAAACGAAAUGUCUGCAGAGGAAAAGAGGGGGAGAAGAUAAAGCUUUGAAGAGAUUAUUCAGAAUUAGGAGGGGAAAAAAGACACUGCAUUGUAGAAAAGGCAGUCUGUUGCAAAUGCUGAACUUGUUUUUUAUGAUCAUAAUUAUAUAAUUUUAUGGCAAGAUUGCCGUUGAUGACGUUAGCGCUUUUUAUCUGCAACCUUUGACCUUUUUUUAUGAGCUUUCAGAUGUUUUUAGCCCGCUUUGCUUGUCACACUGCAACAACAAAAAAAGAAUUAAGAAGAAAAAAAGUCUAAAACAAACACACAAAAAAAACUGUGGAAAAAAUGCUUGCAGUGAUUAUACUUCGUAGAUAGCCUACAGCAGGAGCUUACGGUUUAAACCAAUCAGAGCAGAAGCAAUAGAAGAAAUUGUUGACAAUUUCUGUAGUCUUUCCUAGUUGUGGAUCAAAUGCAGCCCAAGGAUGGCCAUUUUUAUACCAAAGAUGAAGAGACACUCUGAUCCAGAGUUUUUUAGUUUUUCAGUUUGAUUUUGUUGUUGAUGUUUGUUAUUGUUGUUGUUGUUGUUGCUGUUGUCAUGGUUGUUUUUAAUUUGACCUUGAUGGCCGGACCAGUCUUUACUUUUCCUUCCGUUUCCGAUUAUUAUUUUUUUUGUUGGUUUAAGCUAACUUCCACGGUUGUCGAAACUAUCACGCUGACGUCAAACAGUAUUUGGACGUGUGAUGCAACUAGUGGCAGUCCGACCUAAUGUCCCUCUCCACCACUUCAAUUGUCUUUCCGUCUCUCAACUGUCGUGCUCCACAACACUUUCGCCAGCCAUGCGGGCAUUCCACUCGUCAACAAUAGACAAAACACUAUAGGAAGAAUUGUGGAAUGUUGCAGCCUGCUCCUACUUGGUCAUUGAUGCGACGCCUCUGUUUUUUUUGGGCUCACUGAUUUCUGCCUCUGCGUUGUCUCUUUAUCUCAUUGAAUCAAUGAUAACGGAAUGAAACUGAUUUUAAAAAAUGUAUUCCCUCCCAGGGAGUCUCAUCAAUGUUGCCCUACAUCCCCCUCCUGUUAUACAAACAACAAACACCAAAACUGUAUGUGUUGACGUAAAACAUGUCCUGCUCCCCUAGGCGCUAUGUCCUAAGUAGUGCUGAGCAAUUAACUGAAAUGUAGAUACAUGUUUCGUUUUUAAACAACUAAUUGGUAAAAUGAUUUGUGAGCUCAAUGCGCACAUUUAUCUGGAGAUAAAUCGGAUCUAGCCUGAACUGUGCGAUGAAAUAGGGAUUGGAAUUUCCAACAGACCAAUAUUCUACAUAGUUAAGCGCAUAAAAUGUGGUAGUUAACUACAAUGACCAUAAUCCAUUGCACAUCUACUAUUCCAGUCUGUUUCUUUUACGCCUGCUAGGGAAGAGAGAUGAAUGUGCAAUCGUGAGGUGAUAUAGAGAGCAGCUGUUGCUUCGUGAGGUAUCUCUACCUGAAAAUACAUGAUCUAAGUGAUUGAUAGUUGAUAUUCAGCACUCGUAAAAAAUGAUGCCAUAUUUACUUUGAGGAACUACAAAAUUGUGUUUUUGUCAAACAGUAUAGGCAGCAGCUCUAUAGAGACGAGAUGAUGACUUGAAAUGAAACAAUAAAGUCAUCAAAUAAAACAAAUGUAAUAUACACAACUGAAAUAUUGUAUUAUACUAAAGUAAUGUGAAUAAAUGAUGGUUUGAUUCAUUAGGAUCCUCAUUAGCCGACGCAAAUGGCGACAGCUAGUCUUAGUGAGGUCGCGAC